AUGUGUGAGCGCAGUCUCUACAGAGCGGGCUAUGUGGGCUCGCUUCUGAAUCUGCAGUCGCCUGACUCCUUCUACUUCUCCAACCUGCGGCCGAAUGGAGGCCAGUUGGCCGCGCUUCCCCCUAUCUCAUACCCGCGCGGCGCGCUUCCCUGGGCUACCACGCCCGCCUCCUGCGCCCCAGCGCAGCCUGCCGGUGCCACCACCUUCGGCAGCUUCUCGCAGCCCUACCUGGCUGGCUCCGGGCCUCUUGGCCUGCAGCCCCUGGGCGCCAAGGACCGACCUGAAGAACAGGCAAAGUUUUAUACGCCCGACGCGGCCGCUGGGCCUGAGGAGCGUGGCCGUGCGCGGCCGCCUUUUGCCCCCGAAUCUAGCCUGGCCCCUGGGGCUGCUGGUCUCAAAGCGGCAAAGUACGACUACGCGGGCGUGGGCCGUGCCGCGCCAGGCUCUACGGCCUUGCUUGAGGGGACCCCCUGCGCCGCCGGCUUCAAGGAUGACGCCAAGAGCCCGCUCAACUUGAACAUGACAGUGCAGGCAGCGGGCGUCGCUUCUUGCCUGCGACCUUCGCUGCCCGACGGCCUGCCGUGGGGGGCGGCCCCUGGGAGGGCCCGCAAGAAGCGGAAACCCUACACCAAGCAGCAGAUUGCGGAGCUGGAGAACGAAUUCCUCCUUAACGAAUUCAUCAACCGGCAGAAGCGCAAGGAAUUGUCCAACAGGCUGAACCUCAGCGACCAGCAGGUCAAAAUCUGGUUCCAGAACCGGCGUAUGAAGAAGAAGCGCGUGGUGCUGCGGGAGCAGGCGCUGGCGCUGUACUAG